AUGGAGGUGGCGCGCAGGAGACGGGAGAGGGAGCCAACGGGGGACGUACGGGCCAAUGGACACGGGGGCAACAAAAGGGGAACGGGACUAGUGGCCGCAGGAGGAGCCAGGUUAAGGGCCAAGGGAGGGGGGACGGAGGAAGAGAACCGAACAGGGGCGACCAAACGGGAGGGACAGGGGAAGGGAAAUCCAACAGAGCCGCGCAGUGGCCAGUGCGAAGGAGAGAAGAAGAAGGGGCAGAACGGAGCCGCAGAGGGCAAAAAGGGAAAACGCAGGAGAAAACGAGGACGGAGAAACCAAAGAAGGAGGGAGCGGGGGCGGGGAAGAAGUGGAGAGACCAAAGAGGGACCAAGGGACGGUGGGAAAGGGGACACCCGGAGAGAGGAGGCAAGCGGAAGCCGCGCCAAAGAGGGGGGGGGAAGAAAAAUAGAAGUGAGGGGAAGGACACAGAGGGCAGCGAGGGAAGAAGCGGGGGAAAAACGACGACAGGAAUGGCGGAAAGAGACAGGCGGAACCAAGGAAAAAGAGACAGUGGGCAAACAGGGCAAAAAGAGAAACGAAAUGAAGGGGCCACGGGAGGGCGGCGAAAAAAAGGCAGGUAAGAAGGGAGACGAGGGCCGGGCGGACAGGGCCACAGGGCAAAAGGGCCCCGGGAGCAAGUAA